GGUGUAUUCUAUGAUAGAGCUGCCAAAAACGAAGGAAUCAAGUGUAGAGUGCACACGCUUCACUGCUGGAAAGGGCAGCCUCGGGAAACAACUACUAUGCGACGGUGGCACGGUGGGUCUGUCCUCGCCGCGGUGGCGCUCACGCGCGGCGGCAACGUGACGAUCCCCGUCGACGGUGGGCCGCGGCCCGCGCUGGCGCUCGUGGACGGCGACGACGUGUGCGCGGCGGUGCGCGCCUACUGCGACGGGACGCCGUUCAAAAGCACGGAGGUCCUCAAGGACGCGUCCUGGUCCGUCACGACCGGCGACGGCGUCGGAUUGCCGGGCGCGGACGGGUGCGUGCGGGCCCUCGCGGAGGCCGUCCAGCCGCGGCUCGAACGCGACUGGCCGGCGACGCGCGCGCGCUUCGCCGUUCGCGACGACUACCUCGCGGGCUGCGUCGCCGCCGACUUCGGCCUCGACGCGGAGGGGCCGGACGACCCCCUCUUCGCGCUCCUCGCGGAGGCCGUCGCGGCGCGCGACGCCGCGUCCCCCGCGCUGGCCGAGUACAACCGGCGGCGCACACUGCUGCCGCCCGCGCGGCGCGCGCGGCACUACCGCGACGUGUGCCUGAAGCUGCUCCCGGCGCACCCGGGCGCGCUCGACUCGCUCGCCGUCGCGCUCCGACACGCGGGCCGGGCGCGCGCGGCGGAGCUCGUCCUCGCGCGCGGCGCCGGCCGCGGCCUCUGGCCGUCGCCGUACCAGCGGCCGGCGCAUCACGCGGCUAAUCUAACGGCGCGGCCGCUGUGGGCCGCGGGCGCGCUGCCCGGGCUGGAGCGGCUCGCGCGUCGCACGGCGGCGUUUGGGCGCGAGCUCGCGGUCGAGCUUGCGCGGCGCGCCGACGCGCUGGUCGUGCGGCAGGCCGAGGGCCUGGCGCGGCGCCUGCCCGGCGCCCCGGGCGACGACUGGGGCUGGGACGAAGUCGCGCUGCUCAAGCACGGCGAGGUGCCUGACGCGCGCGUCGCGGCGCGGUUCGCGGAGACGCUGGCCGCCGUCCGGGCGGCGGGCGCCUUCUUCAACGCCAAGUUCAGCAUCCUGCAGCCGGGCACGGAGAUCCUGCCGCACUGCGGGCCGUCGAACGCGCGGCUGCGGGCGCACGUCACGGUCGCGGCCGCGGCGGGCGCGUCGCUGCGCGUCGGCGCGCCCGACGCAAAACGCGUCGAGUGGGGCGCCGCGCCACUCGUCUUCGACGACUCGUUCGAGCACGACGUCAUUCACGAAGGCGCCGACCCGCGGAUCGUCCUCGUCCUCGACGCGUGGCACCCGGAGCUGCCCCCGGAGCGGCGGCGCUUCGAGCUCUACGGCCGGCUGAGCUAGCGACUGCGUGCGAUCGG